UUUUUUUCCUUUUCUUUUCCUUUUAUUUUCUUCUAUCCAACAAAUGUCAGAUUUAUCUCCAAAAGAAGAUAACCAGUUUAAUUUAACUGAAUCCAAUCCUUCACUACAACAGGAUGAAGACUCGCCUCUACGUUCAUUAAAAAGAAAAUUAUCACAAGAGGACCAAGUAAUUAAGCAAAGUCGUUUCGUACCUUCUCGACUUAAAGAUACUUUACGACAUAAUUUGGUGUUUUCUUCUUUACCUGUUUCUCGUUCAAAUACACCUCCUGUAGACGAAUCAAGGCCUUCAACACCUUUAACUCAAGCUGUUGAAUCUCAAGACCCACGUUAUUUAUUAAACAUCGUUAAAAACUUAAUGCGCACUCGUCAUGGAAGCGUCUUGACUAGAAAUACAAUAUUAAAAAUGGAUCAUUUUGAAAAAGGCAUGAAUACCAAACUAGAUUUUCAUCUUCAGGGUGCACCUAAUUUUCGUAUAGCAGAACUUGAUGUUUACGGUGUAGCACAACCUACUACCAUUGGUUUGUCUACUGUACUCGCACUAUUAAACUGUCAUCCAAAUAGUAAUGUAAAAGCUUCAUGUACUUGGUUUUUAACACGUGAAGAACCAUUAAUCUAUUUGAAUGGAAACCCUUAUGUUUUACGUAAUUAUGCCGAUCCAUUACAAAAUAUGGCUGCAUUUUUGGGCAUUAAUACAAGUCGCCUCGAAAAAUUAGAAGAAAGAUUAAAGCAGGAUGUUAUUAAAGAGGCAAAGACGAUGGGAGGCCUUAUUCUUGUUCAUCAAGAACUUGCUGAUGGUACCAUUGUUCCAUGCUUUAUUGCCGCUGACCAAGUUCAAACUCCUAAAGAAUUGUUCGAGGAGUUCCAGAAACUUAAUUAUAGGUUGAAAUACUUUCGUAUACCCAUUUGUCCUGAACAAGCUCCAGAAGAUAAUUACUUUGAUGAAUAUGUACGUAUUAUCAAGUCAUUAAAGCCUACCGACCCGUUGAUAUUCAAUUGUGGUAUGGGUGUAGUAAGAACUACUGUUGGUAUUGUGAUUGCUCAAAUUAUUAGACGUACACAAUUACUUGAAUUAAAUGCUCCUGAUCCUUUUCCAAUUUCUGGUUACAAUUAUACAGACAUGUCAAGUGUAAAUACUUCUAGUAAAGUAUCAUCCUUAAAAGCUUUGACCUCAGAUUUAGUAAAAGGCUGGGAAGAAGUAGACACUAUUCAAUUUCAAAAUCAUGCUUUGUUACGAUUAGUUUACAUCUUAGAACAGGGGUUAAAUUCAAAGAUGUCACCUAGAUCAGCUAUUGAAUGGGCACUCGAACGAGGAAGUCUAAUUGAAAAUCUAAAGGAAGCUAUUAUGGGUAACUACAAUGUGAUUACAUCACUUACUGCUGUAUUAGAUAGCGGUGAUUUUAGCAAAAAAAUGUUAGAUGAAAUAAUUGAUAAAUCUGAUGCCGUUAUUAAUCUUCGGGAAGAUAUUUUAAUGAAUCGUAUUAAGCAAACAACGCAACAAUCUUCAGGUCAUGAAUCAAAGAAUAGCUAUAUAUUUAAAGCUGCUGCUGGACUUCAACGAUAUUAUUCUUUAUUAUGUUUUGCUGCUUAUAUCAAUGAGUCUCCAGAUACAAACUUUAAUACUAAAUUUUCGGAUUGGUUAAAAUCAAGAACUGAAAUUUUUACAAUGUUACAAACGAUACGACGCAAGAGUCCCAAGCUUUAUUUAUUUAGACCCGUGGAAGACUUGCAUCGUUUGUCACAUACUAGUAUUUACAGUGCCUCUCUUGACUCACAUUAUCGUCACCACGCACUUGGAUUUGGUCCUGGCAUGUUUGAAAUGACAGGAGUAGGCAGUCAACUUGGAUCUAUUGCACCAGAGCUAGAAGAAUUUAUUUUGAAGUCACGCACAGGUCUUGUACUUACUUCACAAACAAUCCUAAAAAUUGAUUUCUGGAGUGCAGCAAGCCAACUUGAUGUUGAAGAGUAUAAUCAGCUGCAAAAGUAUCCUACACCUGGGGAUGUAAAUACAGAAGAAGAUGAUUGUGCCAACACAAUGAAACGACCUCAACGACAUCAUGUUUUCUUUGUAGAAGGUGGAUCUAACUUUAGACGUAUAAAGCAUACACAUAUCUAUGGUAUUGCUCAGCCAACUGUGGACGGCCUUCGAACUGUACUUCGUCGAUUACUGACAGAUCAACCCAAGAAUGAAAAGAUACAAUGGAUUAAUCUUCGUGAAGAGCCUAUCAUCUAUAUCAAUGGUAUCCCUUAUGUCCUUCGUGAUCGUUACUUUACGCUUCGUAACAUAAAGGUCUACAAAGGUAUUACGGGAUCACGUUUAGAACAAUUAGAAGAUCGGUUGAAACAAGAUGUCCUUCGUGAAAUUAAUAAUUAUGACGGUCGUAUCUUAUUGCAUGGUGAAGACAAUGAUGGAAAUGUUUUAGCUGCUUGGGAAGACGUUGAUGUGAAUGACGUGAUGACAGUACGCGAAGUGAUGGAAUCUGUAGCUGCGGAAGUUGCUGAGGAAUUUGAUAGUGGUUAUAGUAGUAGCGAUUUUUCGGAAGCCAUUUCUAAAAAAAACUACAAAAAUAUACUUGAUUAUCAUAGAGUCCCUAUUACAGCAGAAAAGGCUCCCGAGUGGUGUGAUUUUGAUGAUAUUCGUAAUCUUGUUACAAGUACUGACUUGUCCAAAACGGCAUUGAUUAUGAAUUGUCAAGUGGGUUUAGGAAGAUCUACUUUGGGCACCAUUAUCGCCACACUUGUCACUCGCUGGAUUAAACCUACUAGUCAUACGUGUCGUGAUAAUAGCUAUCGCAAUAAAUGCAAAUAUUUGAAUUAUCAAAUUAUAAACAGCUUAUUACGUGUAAUUAAGAAUGGGCUAGAAGUUAAGCAUCUUGUUGACGAUGUUAUUGAUACUUGUGGUGCUUUUCUUAACUUACGUGAGAUGAUUGAAUCAGAACAUAUCAAGUUUGAAAAUGAAAAUGAUGAGGCCAAAAAGAAAGUUCAUAUCAAACGUGGCAUUGCUGCAUUACAUCGUUAUUUUGUUCUUUUAUGCUUUGAGGCCUAUUUAGAGUCAACAUCACCUGAAUCGAUGUCUGAUACAGAAACAUUCGAGUCUUGGCUAAACAGGCAUUCAGAAAUUGGUACCUUAUUAGCUGAAUUCAACGAUCUUAAUGAAGGUCUUAUUGUUCCUGUUGAAAAAUCAAUUGGUGAUGGUGUAGCUCUUUCGAGUGAAAUCAUGAGUGUUGUGGCUAAACGUCAUGGCCAAGUAUUAGCUCAACAAACAAUUAUGAAACAUGAUGCUUUUCCUGGAUGUCAGAAGAUGAGUUUAAAGGAAAAGAUUGAGGGUGCUUAUAACUUUAGACGUGUCCCAGUGAAAGAUGUCAAAUCAUCAGUAAAAGAACCCAACAAAGCGGCUGAUGUGAGUGGUUUAGCUGCUGAUCUGGAAAGAAGUGAUGAUGAGCAGUUAACGCCUCCUUAUAUUUGUGGUUGCGCAAUGCCUUCAAAGGAUGCGAUUAGGGCUGUUCUUAAAUCAAUGAAUGCUGGUCCUGGUGGUAAAAGAAAGGUACUUUGGACAUGUCUAAGAGAAGAGCCUGUACUCUAUGUAAAUAAACAACCUUAUGUUCUUCGUUUAUUCCAAGAGCCUUUGAAAAAUUUGGAAUCAACUGGUAUUAUAACUGAACGAGUUGAGUUGAUGGAAGACCGUAUGAAACUCGAUGCACUUAAUGAAUGGAAAGAAUACGAAGGCCGUUUAUUGUUACAUGAUGAAAAACCUAAUGACAAAGGAGAAUAUAAAUUGAUGGGUAUGUGGGAGACAAUCAAUAGAGAGGAUAUUGAAACACCCAAAGAAACUUUUCAAUCUAUUAUAGAUGAAGGCUAUCAAGUUGAUUAUCUUAGAAUUCCAAUUACGGAUGAACAAGCGCCUAUUCCUGAUGUGUUUGAUCAAUUAAUUCGUAGAACAAAGAAUGCAAAUACUGGAGUUGAUGUCUUAUACAAUUGCCAGAUGGGCCGAGGUCGUACAACUACGGGUAUGGUUACAGCUUGUUUAACCGCAAUGGUGAUGAACAAUGAGAAUUUGCUUGUCAAUGAAUCGGGCAUUAUUGUAUUUGACUCGCUUAAUAAACUUAAUGAUGAAAAAAGUCUUACAUAUAAUAGUGAAAAUGAAGAAUCAAUGGAAGAAAGUUAUCAUAAUGGAGAGUUUAAAAUCAUUCUUCAACUUAUCAGCGUAUUAACCUAUGGUAAGCUUGCAAAAUGUCUAACAGAUAAAGCAAUCAACAUGUGCGAUCACAUGCAAAAUCUUCGAAAGGCUAUUUAUGACUAUAAAUUACGAAUGGACGCUAUUGAAGAUCGGAAAUCGAAACAAUAUAAAGCUAUUAGAGAAGUCGCUUUGAAUUAUUUGAUCCGAUACUUUUAUUUGAUUGUAUUUGCUAAUUAUCUGUUAGAACAACUAGCAUUCUCAAAAUUAGAAAAACAAAUGAAUAGCAAUGAGGGAAAUCAUGAAGAAGAAGGAGAAGCCAUUUGUGAUGAUGGCAUGGAUAAAGCAGCGACUUUUAAGCAAUGGCUAGAUAAUAGAAGGGAAAUUACUAAUAUUUUAAAAUUACAGUCUAUAGAGUUUGAUUAACUAGUUUUCCAAAAUAAAUAAAUAAAAUAUGGUUUGAAUUGCAGCAUUUUUCUCCAGAAUUAUAAGAA